AUGCCGCGCACCGAACUUGAGUAUCCGAAGAAGCCUUUUGGCACUGUCAAGCGUUACAGCCCGCGAGCUUCAUACGCACUUUCCACGAUCCACAGCAUCAUAAACACCAGCCCCAUAUUGCACGUCUCUUUCAAUGAUAUCAGCAGUCCCUUCCCCAGCAUCCUACCAAUGCUUGGGCAAAUGGGGUCUUACGCUCGACCGUCGGCCGACGAAGGCGACGUCCUCGACCUUUAUCUUCAUGGCUACGUCUCCUCGCGAAUGAUGAAUAUGUCCCGUGGUAGUGGCCCAUCAGACGGCAUGCCCGUCUGCGUUGCUGCCAGCCACCUCGAUGGUCUCGUCAUGGCCUUGACUCCCAACUCUCACAGCUACAACUACCGUUCCUCUGUGCUCUUUGGCCAUGCUAAAAUGGUGGAAGAUCUGGCCGAACGGCUGUACGCCAUGGAACUCAUUACCAACGGCGUUAUCCCCGGAUCUUGGUCCAACACAAGAGUGCCCCCAAACAAGGCCGAGCUGUCAUCUACCAGUGUGCUCAAAGUCGCCAUCGAGACCGGAAGUGCCAAGGUAAGGUUCGGACCGCCUGGAGACGAGAAACAUGACAGAGAUGACGCAGAGGUCGUCAACAAAGUCUGGACUGGCGUCGUGCCUGUGUAUAGAACAAUGGGUGAGCCUGUGUCUGGGCCCUAUAAUGUUGUAGACCCUCCGCUGCACAUCACCGACUUUAUCAAAAGUGUCAAUGAAGAGUCGCGAGAAUUUGCUGAAUCAGCGGCAGCCCGUGUUCCGGUCAAUAGAGGCGGGCCCGGAGAAGCAUGA